GCAAGUUUGCGUUACCAACAUGUCAGAUAUCAAGAGAAGUUAGGUGGUGGUGGUGGUGGUGAAAAGGGGAGUCAGAGAGCGGAGUUAGUUAUUGCUUGUUCCGCGCAGCUUGACUGUGCAGUCCCCCGUAGCAAUGGUCUUCUGUGCUCCCCAGAUCCAGCUCCAUGGAUCGAUCGCCCAGCGACUCGGAUUCCCGGGUUUUCCACACCACCUUCUCCCGACCGAAUGAAAUGGACUCAACGACGGAAACGGUAGCAAAUGGAACCUCUCCUAUACCAGACCUCGACGCAUACGCAGAUGCGCCCCCAUUCGUGACAGAACACGAGCCAGCCUCGACCCUCACCCUCGCCGAUGGCUCAAGCACCACAGGCUCCAGCAUCAGCAACCAAGCCCUCGAAGCUGACUCUGUAGGGCCUGCUUCCUCAGAUGGCGACUCAAAGGCCCAGAGCCCGAACUAUGCGGCAAGUUCUGUGCCAUCACUGCGGUCUCACGUCUUCAACUUCGUGGUGGAGCAAGGCCGAACGUUCCACAGGUAUCGGGAAGGGAAGUAUCCUCUACCCAACGACAACCGGGAGCAGGAGAGAUUGGACUUCCAACAUUACUUCAUGCUCAUAUUGUUAGAUGGGAAAUUGCAGUUAUCACCGGUUGGAGAGCCGCAGAAUGUCCUCGACAUCGGGACAGGAACAGGCAUAUGGGCCAUCGAGUUUGCGGACCGUCAUCCAACUUCCAACGUCAUUGGCACAGAUCUGAGUCCUAUCCAGCCCGACUUUGUGCCCAAGAACUGCUUCUUCGAAAUCGACGAUGCUGAGGACGACUGGAUUUUCUCGGAGAGGUUCGACUUUAUACAUAUGCGGGGAAUGAUGACUUGUUUCGCAGACCCUAAAUCAGUUAUGCAGAAGGCGUACGAUCAGUUAGCCCCUGGCGGAUAUUUGGAGAUGCAAGACGGGAUCUUUCCUUUGCAAUGCCACGACGAUACACUGGCGGGGACAGCGUUGGAUCAAUGGGGCAGGGCGUGCGUGGAGGCCGGCGAGGUGAUGGGAAGGGCUUGGACCAACGCAAGAUAUUACAAGCGGUGGAUGGAAGAAAUUGGGUUUGAGGAAGUCAAGGAGAAGAUAUUUGAGGUUCCAACGAGCAGUUGGCCUAGGGGCAAGAAAGUGAAGGAGCUGGGUUUAUGGUUUCACGAAAAUAUGAUGGAUAGUCUCGGUGCGAGUAAAGUGCUACUUAACAAAGCAUUGGCUUAUCAGCCAGACGAAGUAGAGUUGCUUCUUAUGGAGGUCAGGAAGAAUCUCAAAAAUAAGGGAGUGCAUGCUUAUAUGCCGCUAUAUAUUACCUAUGGAAGGAAACCUGUAAAUGGCGGAUCCCAGCAGGACCACACCGAACUCCAGCAACACAAAGUCGAUGUAUCCCAGCAGAACGAAGCCAUAGAUAUCUCUCAGGAUUCUGAUUCGAUCGCUGCCUAUUAGUGCCGCAUCGCAGCACAUCUGUCCCUCAUACCCAGACUCGGCAUUAUCUGCU